GACGUCAGAAUCCCGCGCCGUGAUUCACUUUUGCUGUGUAAUAACAGAUUGUGUCUGGAGCGGUGGCUUGUGGUGUGUGACUACAAAAAGCCCUAAAAUUCAAACAGAAAUUACAAUACAACAAUGGAGUAUUUAAUUGGCAUACAGGGACCUGACUUCGUCUUAGUUGCAGCAGAUAAUGUUGCUGCAAGCAGUAUCAUCCAGAUGAAGCAUGACUACGACAAAAUGUUCAAACUGAGUGAAAAGAUUCUGCUCCUGUGUGUGGGUGAGGCCGGUGAUACUGUGCAGUUUGCAGAGUAUAUUCAGAAGAAUGUGCAGCUCUACAAAAUGAGAAAUGGUUAUGAGCUGAGUCCAGCAGCAGCGGCUAACUUCACCCGAAAGAACCUGGCGGACUACUUGCGGAGCCGGACCCCCUACCAUGUGAACCUGCUCCUGGCUGGUUAUGAUGAGACGGAUGGGCCCGGUCUCUACUACAUGGACUACCUGGCAGCUGUGGCCAAAGCCCCCUUUGCUGCCCAUGGCUACGGCGCCUAUCUCACACUCUCCAUCCUCGACAGAUACUACAAACCAGAUCUCACCCGUGAUGAGGCAGUAGAGCUUCUCAAGAAGUGUAUCGAGGAGCUGAACAAGCGGUUCAUCAUGAACCUGCCCUCCUUCACCGUGCGUCUGAUUGACAAGGACGGCGUCCACGACCUGGAGAAGCUCCCCAUCGGCGCUAAGUGACCUCCCCCCGCCAAACAGCCCCAGUGUGAUUUUUGUACUUCAGAUUUAUCUCCCCAUGUUCUAAAUAAAAGUCCUCUGCUGAA